UUAUAUAUUAUCAAAUUUUCUAAACCCUCUGAGAUUCUUAAGAAAUAAAUAAUGUUUAAAUGCUCACUAGUCACAUGAAAUCCUGUGAAGCCUCUUAUAAUUUUUUUUUUAUUCAUGGGCAUUUCUCCUUUUUAUAUUUGAGGCAAACAUUUCAAUUUAAAUGUUACACCACCCACUCACUGAAAUAUUGUCUGCAUGUUGCCUCAAACUGUGACCUACAUCAGGCCAUGACCUCUUAAUUUGCAACAGAUGUGUAUGUCAGUACAUAUGUUCAAGUAAUUCCCUUCUGUAGCAAUUUAAUACAAUUGAAUAGUUAAAUAUUCAAAUACUCAUAUUUAUUAAACAUUUAUAUUAAUCCAGAGAAAACAUAAUUAAUUUAAAUACCACAGGAAAAUGCAAUUUAGAAAUAUUUAUGUACAAAAUUCUUAGGUAUUGUCAACUCUCAGGGUCCUGGCCAAAGGAGAUUUCCAGUCUGAGGCUGCAGACAUUCAUGGCAUCUCUCAGCCCUCAUUUAGCAGAAUGUUUAUGGAUGUUGUCGAUGCCCUGAAUGGAAGUUUAGAUAAUAUAAUCUUCCCUUCUCGACCAGCUGAGAUUCUGAAAACCAAAGAAGACUUUCUGAGAUUGUCCAAUUUUCCUAAUGUUGUCGGGGCCAUUGAUGGGACUCUGAUUCCCAUCAUUGGAAUGUCUACAGAUGAUGAACACGUGUUUGUGUCCAGGAAAGGGUUUCAUGCCAUUAAUAUGCAAGGAAUUGUGACAGCUGACCUGAAAUUUAUAAAUAUAGUUUGCAAGUAUGGAGGAGCAACCCAUGACGCAUACAUACUUGCAAACAGCAACAUUCCAGAAACGAUGGAGCAGCUACCAGGUGGGGGCUGGCUUUUGGGCGACAGUGGUUACCCUCUCCGCCCAUGGCUAAUGACUCCAAUACUCUCUCCACAGACCAAACAGCAGGAGAAGUAUAAUGAGAGCCACAUCAAAACAAGGAAUUGCGUUGAGAGGGCCUUCGGUGUCUUAAAGUCUAGAUUCAGAUGUCUUCACAAAACAGGUGGGGCUUUAGCAUACACCCCAACAAAAUGCGUUCGUAUUAUUGAGUGUUGUUGCCGUCUGCACAACAGGGCCAUAGAAGAAAAACUUCCAACACCAGUGGCAGGACAAGUUUCCAUCUAUUCCGACAGCCAUACUGUAAACACACAAAAUAUUGCCAGUGCUAUAAAUAUAAGAAAUAUCAUUGUUAGGCGGUUUUAAUGAUAAACAUACUUAUUUCUCAACAACUUAAAGGGGCUUGGACACUGAUUUGAGUUAUUAUUUUCUCAAAUUUUCUGUAUAAUGUCAGGGAUAUAUAAUUGUGACUACAGCAUUUCAGUAUUGUCAGUCUGUGCUCAGUAAUGUCUGUAAAGUUCAACAAAUUGAACACACACGGUGAAGCGUAAACAUAAACAAUAACAGAGCUUGUGCCCUGUUUACAAAAACAGUUGUUUGACAUGAUGUAAAGAUGAAUGCCAAUGAAUUCUAAAAUUAUUCAUGUAAGUUUAAUUCAUCUGGCCUUAUUUUUUGAAUAACCAUAAAAAUUUAAAUUGUAAACUGUGUCCAGGCCCCUUUAAUGGAAACAGGAGGCCCAUGGGCCACAUCACACACCCGAGGACAUUGGCUAGAAAGGGGAGACAGGCAUGACUUGUUCAUACUUGAAUCUACACUAACUGAGGAUGCUUCCAUCCAUAUUUCUUUGACUUCAGAAGAAUUUUUUUUUACAAGUUUGAUCUUCUAUUGUGGCCCUGCCCUACACUUGGGAAAAUGAUUUGAACAAACUUGAAUCUACACUACCUGAGGAUGCUUCUGAAUUAAUAUGACUAAUCAUGACUUUGCUAUUCUUGGGAAGAAGAUUUUUAACGAUUUAUCCCAUUACAUAUUCCUUCCCUCAUUGUGACCCCACCCUUGCCCAAGGGGUCAUGAUUUGGAGAAACUUGAAUCUACACUAUGUCAGGAAGAUUUCACAUAACUUUCAUCUUUUCUGGCAGAGUGGUUCUUGAGAAGAAGAUAUUUUUUAUGACCCCACAUAAUUAUUUCAUUUUCUUAAUUAUCUUCCUAAGGCUAAAAGGGUGUGGCCCUUCAUUUGAACAAGCUUUAAUCUCCUUUACCCAAGGAUACAUUGUGCCAAGUUUGGUUGAAAUUGGAUCAGUGGUUAUGGAGAAGAAGAUGAAAAUGUUAAAAAAAAAAAUUAUGACAACAACCACGAUGACAGACAACAGACAAUAUUUGAUCAGAAAAGCUUACUUGAGCUGAGCUAAAAAUCAGGAUUUAUGAAAAAUUCACAAAGUAUUUUACUGGUUGAUUGAGGGGUAUAUAUGUAGAAUAAUAAUUUUACUCUGCAUUCUUAAGUUUCAUUUCCCUUUGUCAGUAUAUAUCAAAAUUGGUAAUGGUUAUGGAGGAAUAAAAAGUAUCAUACCUUAAUGUAUGUCCAGCUUAACCCUGCAAAGGGGAAAUAACUUUUGUAAAUGUAGACAUCAUUUAUAAAUAUUUUGGUUAUCCUGUUAAAAGAAUUACAAUGUGCUUUACUUUAAAGAAUGAAGUUAAACUAACCUAAUACAUGAAAUAUAGCAGUCUGAUAAAAGUUUUCAUUAUAAAAUUUUACAGUAAUACAUGUACAUUCUAGGUUGGAUAUAAAUGUAAUGUGUAAUACUUACUCUGGUGUGCAUCAGAAAAUUAUUCAACAAAACUUCAGUUGUGCCUAUAUGCAUGGAAGUAUGUUUAUUGAGAAAACAUACAAAUUAUAACCUUUCCAUUACCAAAAUCAAAAUAAAUUGCUGUAAAUAAUAAGUUCAUUAUACUAUUUGAU